AUGGAUGGUCUUGCGGAAGCGCCCACCGGUCGUAAGCCGACCGUACCCGUGUGGGACAAAUCGAAGAAGCGCAAGGGUGGCGCUAAGAAGGGCAAAACACGCAAACUGACUCGCGGUCAACAGCAGCAACAACAGACACAGAAGGAGAAGGUGACAGCUGCCGGAAAAUCUACAACCACCGUAAACAGCUCUGAAGGUUUGUCUACUGUUUCCCAUCUCCCUUUUUCCGCCUUCAGUGGUUUUCAUGCCGCUAGUAGCCCCACGUUUUGUUUGUGGUGGAACAGGAUGUCGUCCCCGGUCAGUUGA